ACCUCGAGCAACAUGUGCAAGUCGGCCUGAGGAGCAAAUCAGCCCUUACAGGUCCUGUCCACCCCCUCUUCCUCUGGGACACCGCUGGAUCUGUCCCUCCUCCUCAGACACUUGCUGAAUGAAAACAGGGCUCUUUUGAAGAAGCACUAUUAGGAGUCAAAGACUGUUGAGAUGGAGAGGAGAGCAGUGCUGUUCCUGGUUGUCGCUCUGGUCAAGAUAAGCUGUUGCUGUCUGGAUCCUCCUGCUGCCUACAGGUUUACAGGAGCUGUUUGUAGGCUUACCUAUCCUGCUGCUGUAGUCUUGAAUGAGAAAACCACUGAAGUCAUACAAGCCGCUUUCCAGCAUGCCAAAUAUCCCAGUGUACAGGGAGAGCGAUCAAUAGGCUUUGGGACGGUCAAAUACGGAUUCCACAAGUGCGUUUGUUUACACGAUAUGUUUGCUUCUGUUUUACAUUCUGCAUCUUACAGUACCUCUCUCUACUUUGCCAGUUUAGAGAUUCACAACCUUUCCAUCGGAAAGAGCGAGUUUGAGCUGAAGGAGAAUGUAGGGAUCGGCAUCGCCAUUUCCAACGUGUAUGCUGUAUUUAAAGGGACCAUCAACUAUGGAUAUGGCAGCUGGCUGCUCAGCUUAAACCAGUCAAUGGAUUUUGAAGUUGAGUCUCAAAUUGACCUGGUCAUCAAUCCAAAACUAUACUGUGGUAAAGGCAAAGUGGCUGCAGACACAUCCGACUGUUACCUCACAUUUCACAAACUGAAGCUGCUUCUGCAAGGAGACAGAGAGCCAGGCUGGAUGAAAAAGAUGUUUACAGAUAUUGUGACUUUCACAGUGAAGUUAGUUGUAAAGUCACAGAUCUGCAAGGAGAUAAACAGUGUGGCCAACAUACUAGCUGACUUUAUACAGGAGCAAGCAGAGCAGUUUCUUAGUGAAGGAGGCAUCGGUGUGGACAUCUCUGUGACCUCCUCCCCAGUGAUCAAAUCGAAUUAUAUAGAAUCAUACCAUAAGGGUUUGGUUACUUUUAAUAAUGAGACAUCAGACCUCAGCAACUCUGUGUUUCACCCUUCACAACUGUCUGAGGGCCGCAUGCUUUACUUCUGGUUCUCUGAUGGCCUUCUAGACCCGUUAUUGGGUGCCAUCCAUAAUGACGGACGAUUUGUGCGCAGUAUCUCUGGAACAGAACUCACGGAUCUGUUUCAGACUGAGCUGUCUACAGCCAGGCCUGAACUGUUGAGUAAGUGGCUUUCUUCUGAGGGUCCGGUGUUAAAGGCAAGGAGUGUGUCGAUUCCACACUUAUGGACCACCACACAGGGCACAUCAGUCAGAGUCAUGGCUGGAGUUCAGCUCUUACUGGAUGGUCAAGAGACGCCAGUGCUUUAUUUUGAGACAGAUGUAACAGUUGUUGUAAAUGCCUCAUAUGCAGAAAAGAAACUAAUUCUGAAGGCCACUGCACAGCGUAUUUCUAUAACAAAUGUUUCCUCGUCGGAAGGAGCAAUUGAGAUGGAGGAGAGCUUGAGAGCUUAUCUGCAGGAGGCUGUGGAGAAGAUGGGAAUCCCCAAAGUUGUGUCAUACCUGGAGGUAGAAUUGACCUCUUUGAUGGAUGAACAUGGGCUCAAUCUUUUUGACAUCUUCAAUCCCGAAGUUGUACCUCAGGACGGUUAUGUGAUGGUACAGCUGGAUUUUGGAUUUCCACAACAUCUGCUGGUUGAGUUCCUCAAAAGGACGCUGGAUUGACAGUUUUUCUCACACAAACACAAAGUUUGUAGAAAUAGUUUGAGGAACACACACACACACACACACACACACACACACACACACACACGCACAAAUACAAUUGACUAUGUGACUAUAUAUAUAGUGUAACUAUUGAGCAUUCAAACUUUUUUUAAAUACGAAAGUGUCAAUCAUCAUGAUCUUGUUUUAUGUACAUGUCCUUUAGUAAUAUUAUCUGAUGACCUUCAUAAUGUUAUUCAGAGGUUGUGUUACCAAUAUUAAACAUUUCCUGAUGCUGUCUCACAUAAUUGCAUGUAGCAGCUUUCUGGUUA